AGUGCUCAAACCGUACUACAAGUGAAGAGAGGCAAAACAUCAAUGGGUGUUACUUGUGUGUGCCAGGUGCCCGUGGCGGAGGGGAAGAGCGUGCAGCAGACUGUGGACAUGCUGCACAAAAAGCUGGAGCAGCUGGGCGCCGUGAAGCAAGGCAGCUUCUGCGUGGACUGCGAGACUUACCAUGCCACGGGAAAUUCCAGCAGUCAGCCCUCCAAGCUCCUGUAUGUGAUGCACAACUCCGAAACCCCCCUGAGCUGCUUGGCUCUGUUUGAAGGUGGACCCUGCCUAAUAGCGGAUGCAAAUUUUGAUGUCCUCAUGGUGAAGCUGAAAAGUCACUUUCAGAAUGCCAAGGGACACAAGGUGGAGUCUCGUGGUUCGAGAUAUCGCUACUGCGACUUCUUGAUAAAAGUUGGUACCGUGACAAUGAGCUCCAGUGCCAGAGGGAUAUCAGUAGAGGUGGAGUACUGCCCUUGUGUCGUUCCUGGGGACUGCUGGAACCUCAUGAAGGAGUUUAUGCAGUCCUUUCUCGGCCCCAGCGUCCCUGAACUGCCAUCUGUGUUUGCUGCCAAGCCCGAGGGACUCUUUGCACCAACAGACUGUGUUGACACCAUGACUCAGUACCUGGAGUUAUUCAACAAACUGCGCAAGCUGCAAAUCCCUGGAAGCAAUGUGCGCUGAGUCUGCAACAAAGAUAUCUGUUUUUUUUCUCUCCAUGUUUGUACAGAUGUUGGUAUAUUUCUGGUCCUAUGGAUCAGCGUUGGUACCCAGGCAUUUUUUGAUUUUUUUGAACGUCUGGGGUUUUAUUAUCACUGCAGAACUUCACAUUAGUGUUGGAUGAAAGCAUUUGCAAUAAAGA